CCAUAUAUCGGGCAACCUCCGGAUUAUAUUAACUAUUGGGAAUUAUCUCCCUUAGGACUAAUUAGUUACAUGCACUUCACAGACAUAUAGGCUAGAACUCAGUGGGCCGUAACAGGGUGUGAAUUCUUCGGCUAUAGUUCAUUUGAAAAUAAUGGAGAAUUCUUUGUGACCCGUCGGUGUUAAAUCCCGCCAACCUAUUGAUCGAUUUGAUCUGAAAUAUUUUGGGAUUGCACUCUGUGUGUGGAGAUCGAGUAGAGCCCGGAGCGUUUCUUAACAGAGAGACAAAUAUAAAGAUGUCUUCCAUCAGGAUGUCAGCACACACACAAGCAUGUCUUCGUCUCGCCAAAAACCCCUACAGAGGAGGACUUAUUUUAUCGGUAGUGAUCAUUCUCAGCGUUUGGUUUUUCCAUCACCGCGGUGCGUAUUCCGGUAAAACUGACCACUGUUUAUCUCUAGACUUUGAAUUCGUUAUUCCUGCUGACUUGCUACUAUUCCAGAUGUCAAAAGAGGGGCUAUCGUGUCUGUACAAACGCUACGUCACUUCCCUUCAAAGCUUGUGCACGAUGCCAAAGCGUUUCGGAAACAUUGAUUACGGGGGCGUUCGAAUAUGUGUGGACCCCGGUGUCACACCCAGCAAGGGCAAAUGUGUUAUAUACAGCUAUAACCAUGACCUUAGCGACAGAUUCGUCAAACAGAUCUACGCUAAAUACCGAUGUAAUGUGGUGUUUUAUGGAGAGGGCUUGGUUGCCAGAAAAAGUACCAAAAUUCUAGGACUCACUCAGAUUGUGAGUAAUUACGUCAAUGAAAUCAGUGUUCUGAUACUUAAAAUAACAGUGACAGAUUUCCCAUUUUUAUUUGAAAUGAGCCAAACUAUUAAAAGAGCUCAAAUAAAGCAAAUCAUUUUUGAAAUUCAUUUGGAUGAGAGUCGGGGAACUCGAGAUGAAUAUCUGAGUGUGCUGAAAGCUCUGCGAGAAUUGCAGGACUCUAACUACGAAAUAUAUUGGUUUGGUAGGAAUUGGGAAUUUGUUAAAAACGAGUUCAGCAAUCGCAGAACAUCAAACUGUUUUACUAUAAAUAUGUACUUAAAACCUCCAAAUACAUCGAAUAUGACUGGAACUUCCUCUUUAAAAGUAGAUUUGCCGAAAGAAGCUCCAGUUGGCACCACCGCCCUGACUAAGGAUGAAGUGCUGAAGUACCAGGAAAGAUACGCUAGGUAUAUCCUAAAACACCAGUACCUGUGUAAGCAGAUGGUUCGCCUGGGUAAUAUCGUGGACGGUGGGUGGGAUGUUUGCCACGAUGUCCAGUUCCGUCCAAAACACCCGUGUAUCGUGUAUUCAAUAGGAAUAAGCUGGGACUUUUCAUUUGACGAGGACAUAGCGAACACUUACGGAUGUGACGUCUUCUCGUUUGACCCCAGUAUGGAUACAGACGACUUCAGGUAUUCCGAUCGUAUCAUGUUUUAUAACGUCGGGCUCGGUGCGAAAGUUAGCGAGAUAACGGUGAAAGAUUCAAAGUGGAAAAUAAAAAAUUUACAGACAAUAAUGAAAGAAUUAGGCCAUACGGACAAAAGAAUAGACGUUUUAAAAAUCGAUAUUGAAGGCCAUGAAAGGCAGAGUCUACCAGAGAUUAUUGAUUCGGGAGCUUUAAAAAAUGUUGUUCAGCUAUGUAUGGAGACCCAUAGUUAUUACGACCUGGGUACUAUGAGGAAACUUUACGAAGCUGGUUUUAGACUAUUCUGGGCCCACCAAAACCCUCAGGCUCCUCUGUACACAAACAGCGAAACACUGUCUUAUGGAAUGGAAGUGUAUUUUGUAAAUAUCAAUCUUAUGCAUGAGUGAUUUCUUAUGAAAAAUGAGUUGGUAAUGUGUUGUUGGGUUAAAAUGUCAUUGUUUUCAUGAAGAAAUGAAUUUUUGUAUCUUGGAUGACUGAUGAGGACAUGCGGUAGAGAAACUUAAAGGCUUGGUGUUUCCCAAAGGGCCACUCCCAACCAAUAUUAGGAGACUCCUGAGCCUUUGUGAGCAUUUAUAGUGUGUCAGUUGAUCGCAUUAAUGAUGAAAUGUAGUAAGUUCUCAUAACUUGUGUUCAAACCCACUGUAUAUUUUUUAAUCAUAUACAAUAAAUAUGUUUAUACCAAAA